AUGCUUGCAGUUGUGGCCGUGUCUUCAGACUCCCAAACACUGGCAUGCACGGGUCGGGCGAUCUGGUCCCUCAUCCUACGCAUGAUUGCAGUGCUGGUCGCCUUGUAUUUCUUUCUGGUGGGGCUCGACCUGAUGGGAAGAGCGAUGGUGGUAUUGGGUGGCAAGGGAGCUGCUGAACUCUUUGCCUCUGCAGGAAAUCCCUUAAAUGGCCUAAUGAUUGGCAUCAUGGCCACAGCUCUUGUGCAGUCCUCGUCGACAAGCACCUCUAUUGUUGUAGGCCUGGUUGGGGCCGGCCAGAUGACUGUACGUGCUGCCAUUCCAGUGAUCAUGGGCGCGAAUGUAGGUACAUCAAUAACCAACACAAUUGUGUCCAUUGUACACGCUGCUAGUCCGACCGAGCUGGAGCAUGCCUUUGCAGGAGCCACGGUGCAUGAAAUGUUCAACUUGCUUACAGUUCUUAUUCUGCUACCGACGGAGAUACUCGUGGGAUUCAUUCGUGGUGAUGGUGGACCGUUGUACCUCGUCUCGAAAGCAGUCACGGAAGCUGCAAUGGGCACAGGCGGCACAGGGGCUCUUGAUGUCACCUUUAGCUCCCCGACAAAGUGGAUCGUGGGUCCGCUGACAGAUUAUGUAUUGGUUGCAAACAAAGAUGUUGUGAAAGCCGUGUCUCUGGGAUCACCAGCACCUCAAGAAGUGCCUGCCUCAGUAGACACCGGCUUGUGCUCAGCGCGGCUGAACUGCGCUGAGUAUUUCUGCGUGUCGACUUCGAUGCAGAGUGCUUGGAAGAAGUUAGAUUUGGAUGGCUUUGCCGCUCUUACACAGUGCAGUCAUGUAAUGAGCUUCCCACAUGGCUGCGCACAAUCCACGGACUGUUAUUUAGAAGCUGGCAAAUUCUACGCGAUCUCGAUUGAAAAUGCUCGUACCCUUGAUUCUGGUGUUUUUGCCCGCGUCGGUGAUGUUGUUGGAGGUGCCUGUGGGCUCGUUCUAUCCUUUGUGGUUAUUACAGGAUCGCUGCUCUGCCUCGUCAAGGUGCUGAAUGCACUCCUGACAGGCUGGGCCACAAAGAUGAUGAGACGUGCUUCCAAGACGAACGACUAUCUUGCUGUGGUCCUCGGGAUUACUGUCACGGUAGUCGUACAAUCGAGCAGCGUGACGACCUCUACUUUGAUUCCUCUGUGUGCCAUGCAGGUGUUGUCGGUCCAGAAAAUGCUGCCCAUAACCAUCGGUGCAAAUAUCGGAACAACAUGUACGUCCCUCAUGGCGGCGCUUGCUGUACUGAAGCCCGAUACUUUGCAAAUUGCCUUAUGCCAUCUGUUCUUCAACAUCUUCGGAUUUCUUUUGUGGUUCCCAGUGCCACUUCUUCGUGCUCUACCUGUGAAAGCAGCUUGCAUACUUGGCUUCUACGCUUCCUGCUGGCGAAUGUUUCCUGCUAUUUAUGUGCCCAGUACUUUCUUUGCUUUACCCAGCCUUUCCCUUGCACUUUCUUUUCUCUAUGACAGGAGUGUCGUGGGAGGCGUCGUGGCCACGGCUUUGCUUGUGAUGGUACUCGCUGUGUUCGUGGUCUGGUGGUGGAUGGGCGGUCGCUACGUGGUGGUCAGUAGAGAGAUCCGUCGCGAGAGGGCUGAGCAGAGGGCCAGGGAGCUUGAACUUGCUCGAGAAUCUCCGAAGGAGAAGACAUUGAUCAGGUCCAGGUCAAACCUGUCUACGUCAACUCAGGACGCUCAGCUUCUCGUGGUGGUUGAGAGCAGCAAAGAGCCGAGCGCCACUCAAGCAGUCGGAGCCCUGCAGGAAGCCACGGAAUUCAACGAGGAGACGAUCGAAGCUGAUGUGCCCACAGAAAGCGAUUCGCUUGAGGCUUUUGCGAUUUAG